GGCCCCUUUCUCAUUGGCUGGCUGGGAGCUUCCUCGGGUUCCGCCGCCCGGAGGGCGCUGCAGCGGCCGUGGUAGCCGCUGUCCCGCGGUUUGGCCUCGCUUUUUUGGGCCGCGAGCCUCUGGUGUUGGCGACGACAUGUGGCGCCUCCCGGGACUCCGAAGCAGAACUCUUCCCCGUCUGCUUGGACCUGGCUUCCGAGGGGUGACCCCCAAGCCCACCAGCCCAGAUGGGUCUCAAGCUACCUCCUCAAAUCUACUGGUCUCAGUGCCAAGCUUUGACAGGUCAGACCCCCAUGGCCCAGGUCCAGGCACAAGCAGGGGCCCACGGUCCCAUGGAUGGAAGGAUGCCUUCCAGUGGAUGUCUAGCCGUGUCUCCCCAAACACCUUGUGGGAUGCGGUAUCGUGGGGCACUCUGGCUGUGCUGGCCCUGCAGCUGGCAAGGCAGAUCCACUUCCAGGCAUCGCUGCCAGCAGGACCGUGGCGAGCGGAGCACGGCUCUUGGCGCAGUCCCCUGGACUGUUUCCUCUCAUCUCCCCUGUGGCAUCCGUGCUCCUCGUUGCGGAGGCACAUUCUCCCCAGCCCUGACAGCCCAGCUCCCAGGCACACUGGCCUCAGGGAACCCAGGCUGGGCCAGGAAGAGCCCUCCACUCAGCCCGAGAGCCCCUCCUCACACAGAUCCUUGAGAGCAGCUGAUCUUCGGGAGCCCCCUGAGGAAGAUCCCAGUGAUGUCGGCUUCCUGCAUGCCAGCAGCAGCUUCAGCUCCCAGGCAAAACCAGCCCAGCCUCAGCUCACUGGUGAAAAGCAGGAACAAGAUAAAUCAAAAACACUUUCCCUCGAGGAGGCUGUGACUUCCAUUCAGCAACUCUUCCAGCUCACUGUUUCCAUCGCUUUCAACUUUCUAGGGACAGAGAACGUGAGGAAUGGGAACCACACGGCCGCCUUUUCCUACUUUCAGAAAGCAGCAGAGCGUGGCUACAGCAAAGCACAGUACAACGAGGGCUUGUGUCAUGAGUAUGGCAGAGGCACCUCCAAGGACCUUGGCAAGGCGGUGCUUUGUUACCAGCUGGCUGCCAGCCAGGGCCACAGCCUGGCUCAGUACCGCUAUGCCAGGUGCCUGCUACAAGGCUCAGCCUCCUCGUGGGCCCCUGAGCGGCAGAGGGCAGUGUCCAUGCUGAAGCAGGCUGCAGACUCAGGCUUGAGAGAGGCCCAAGCUUUCCUCGGGGUGCUUUUCACCAAGGAACCAUACUUGGACGAGCAGAGAGCUGUGAAAUACCUUUGGCUUGCUGCCAACAAUGGGGACUCACAGAGCAGGUACCACUUGGGGAUUUGCUAUGAGAAGGGCCUUGGCGUGCAGAGGAGUCUGGGACAGGCUGUGCGAUGUUACCAGCAGUCAGCGGCUGCGGGGAAUGAGCCCGCCCGGGAGAGGCUGCAGACCCUCUUGUCCAUGGAGGCAGCAGGUGCAGACCUUCUCACUUCAGCCCUGAAGAUGGAGCCUGUGGGUUCUCCAGAGAGAUACCACAGCUUGAGUCCCAAAGAAGAGGCCAGUCAUCCACCCACCUUCCCAAAGAACCUUAAGAACCUGCCCUAGCACAGCAAGGAGGAGGAGAGUGUGUGAGACCCAGGUUCUAGCCACGCCACUGUGCAUGGCCCCGUCACCUUGAAGCAGUGAGUAGCUUGACUCACCGCCUUGUCCCUCUGCUGUAGACCAAGAGCAAUGGUGUCUGCCCUCCUACUCCGCAGGGCUGCUAUGGGCAUUGCACUGUGGACAGGACCUGAGGAGGCACAUGUGUUUACGUGGGUUCAUGAGUCACCAGGCCAGGAGGGGUGCCAGACCUCCUGGCUCCUGGUCCAAGGCGCUCUGUGCUGCUCACACUGGGAUUUUACGUGGAAGUGUUUUUAUCAUCCUGAGGAUGUAAGGGAGUGAAUGGAGAUCGAGUACCUGGACUCUUGGAGCGGGAGAGUGUGGAUUUUGAGUGGUCUUUGUUUGUGCAGGGUGUGCCAGAAGCGCAUGGAGCUUAAUAAAGCAGAUAUGGGAUUAUCUCAUCA